AUGUGUGCCGCAUCCGUUACACCCAUAUACGAUGUGCAUCAGUUGGUGGACUUUUACAGAUUGGCUUACAAAGCGGGCUAUGGGUUUGGAGAGGCAACAUCUGGAACAUAUUCGUUAGUAAGCGGAGUGCCACCGACUUCUGUGUUUGGUAGUAGUCAAACUCUCAAGGUUCGAGAUGUUAGUUUUGACACCAGCUCGAAGGAGCCUCACCUUGUAAGGGCUCGGGUAUUUGUUGGAAAUAUUAAUACAAAUACCAUCACUCGAGACGAUAUUAUUCGACUAUUUAGCGCAUACGGUACUUUGCUAGGUGUGACGGUGUUUAAAGGAUAUGCGUUCAUACAAUAUGGUUCGUCGGCGGAAGCUGAUCUUGCUGUAGGCGCCCUUAAUGGUUACGGUUGGAAUGGUUCCAUUCUUGAUGUGAAGCUCGCUAUUGCUGGAAUGAAGUCGCACAACGUAACAUCGACUGUUUCAACCUCUAACGGGAUGAAAAGGAGCGCAGAAAAUUUCUCCGGUAGCAAUGCAAGUCCCAAAAAGGAACGUCUUGAUGAUUAUGGGAAAGGAGCGGCAGCACAGAACAAACGAAAUCGGCACUUUGUUACAAUCGAUAAUACGGAUAGACGAAACUUGUAUAAAACUGGUAUGCCUGAUACACUGAUUUGUGGAGGCUGUCGUUUUGUUACUAGUGAUUUUGAAGAGUUCAGAGAACAUCGUAAAUGUGCUUGUCCUGCAAAUUCAGAUGAUGUUGAAGGUGAAGUUGAGCAGGAAGAAAUAAAAUGGCAGUGCUCAAUGUGUGAUGAAAUGUGUAAAAGUGGAGGACUGCUUAUUGCUCAUGCCCUCGAUCGACAUAACAUCCGUUUGCUGAGGACUGUUAAUAAAUAA